AUGACAUUGAAAGAGGUUGAAUCAGAUGUUGAGAAACUCAGAGGCGCUCAAGAUCAGAUUAAAUCUGAGCUGACGGAUCUACACAGUAAAUUUGAUGAGACGAGCUCGAAAUUUGAUAAUCUGCUAAAGUUGUUUGAGCGCAAUCCAAUUCCUGAAAGAGCCAGUGGCUCUAACCAUGAAAAUCCUAAUGAUACUAACUUUUCUCACACCCAACACCAGUAUUUUCAUCAUCAACAUCACAAGAUCCCUAAAUUAGAUUUUUCAAGAUUCGACGGAGAUAACCCACGAGGCUGGAUCCAGAAAAGUGAAAGGUACUUUCACCUCAACAAUAUUGAGGAACAUCUGAAGGUAAACAUUAUUGCGAUCUACUUGGAAGGUAAAGCAGAGAAAUGGUUUUUAAAUUUUCAAGUCAAUAGAACUCGUAUUACCUGGUCAUAUUUAUGUCUUCAUUUGUGUGCUCGAUUUGAAAAUCCAAUAGAAGAAAAUUUUGUGGGUAGUUUUAAUAAACUAGUUCAAAGCUCCACCGUGGAUGAUUAUUAUGAGGAUUUUGAAUCUUUGAAAGCCUUAAUACUUAACAUGAAUCCUUCUCUUACUGAGACUUAUUUUGUCAUGAGUUUUCUUAGUGGUCUCAAAGAGGAAAUUGGUAAAUAUAUUUCAAUGUCUCAACCAACUACACUUUCUGAGGCUUUUUCUCUUGCUAGACUACAAGAACAGAAAGUUAACCUGGCUGCAUCAACAACCAAGCCAUUUACUCAAUCUUUUACCAAUUCCUUUCAAUCCAAUAGGCAAUUCUCCUCCCCAACCUUUCCACCAAAGCCUAUUCCCACUUCACCUAAAUCAGCUCCUUCCACUCCAAGGUUUAAUUUCACUCCCACUACAAAAGCCACAAAUACUUCACCAACAAUUAAGCGCCUAUCUCAGGAGGAAAUGAAUCGCAGAAGAGCUCAGGGGUUGUGUUAUAACUGUGAUGAGGUGGACAAACAAGGCCACUUUUGCAAGGGUAAACAAAAGAUUUUUAUGCUCCAGGUUGAAAAUGAUGACUCCACUGAAACUGGGGAGGAUGAGGUUUUUGAGGAAGCAAAUGAGUCACCAGUCCAAUCUUCCAUAGAGGUUUCAUUACAUGCUCUUACAGGCACUACUACUGGUGACACCAUCAGGAUUCCAAGUCUGCUCCUUAAGAGAAAGAUAUCCAUUCUCAUUGAUUCUGGUAGUACCACCAGUUUUAUUGAUAGCACAUUAGCUGCUUCUUUCAAAUUACAUGUUGAACAAACUCCUUCCAUGCUAGUUACAGUUUCCAAUGGAGACCAAACUGUCAGUACUGGAAUAUGGUGUUUCUCCAUCCUCUUUUGUGCUUAUGUUAGUGGGGAGUCAGUUAAGAAAUUUUUUGCCACAACUUCUCAUGGCAUUGUGGGUCAUUUGUUCUCUGUAUCAGUAACACAUAGACCACCUCCACCUGACCUUAUCCAACCCUUAUUAUAUGAAUUCAAUGAUAUUUUUCAAGAGCCCACCAAACUCCCACCUCAGAGAAGUUUGGAUCACAAAAUUCCUUUACAACCCCUUUCUACACCUGUGAACCAAAGAGCUUAUAAAUGUCCUUAUGUUCAAAAAGGUUUAGUUGAGCAACUAGUCAAGGAGAUGCUCCACUAUGGAAUCAUUCAAUCUAGUCACAGUCCAUUUGCUUCUCCAAUCUUACUGGUUAGAAAGAAAGAUGGUUCUUGGAUAUUUUGUGCGGAUUAUAGGAAAUUAAACAGUAUCACUAUUAAAGAUAAAUUUCCAAUUCCUAUUGUUGAUGAGUUAUUGGAUAAAUUUAAGGAUUCUACAGUCUUUUCCAAAAUUGAUCUAAAGGCAGGAUCAAGGUAG